AUGAUGCAGUGCAACGGUUUGCUUGCCUGGUCCUGCGGCGGUAUCCUGGUACGUGCGAAGAUGAGGGCGAUCUACUACUUAUUUGGCUGGGAUGCAUUGGAUGUUACAACACAUCUCCCCACCGCUCCGCCGCCACCCACGGACCGGCGAUUUGGGAGCGCGUCGACGCCGGCCAUCGUCGUCGAGACGCCGGCAAGCGGGGCGGAAGCAGAGGUCGAGGCCCCGCGCUGCUUUCGCCGCGUCGUAGCAGAGUCGGAGGACGCCGCCGCCGGCGCUGUUGUCCUCUCACCGUCGCGACACCUCCCGCCGUUCGCAGCUGCGCCGUUUCCGCCGGAGAUCAUGGUGGACAGCGACGACGAAUACUACUUCAAGAACUUCAUCGACACGUCGUCAGAAGAGGAGUCCGACGACGAUUUUUUCACGGAUGCUGCGCUGCUCAUCCACGAGCACAUUGUCUCGCAGAUUCCCGUGCACCGGGGGUCCUUGCCGGGCCGCGCGGCCGCCUUGGACCGCGAAAGAGAACGCGGCCACGACCAGCUCUUCAGAGACUACUUCCAACCGACACCAAUUUUCGUGCCGCCAUUGUUUCGCCGUCGUUUUCGGAUGAGCAGGCCGCUGUUCCGCCGGAUAAUGGAUGGCGUGAAGAUCUACGACGACUACUUCCGUGCGAAAGUGGAUGCACUUGGCAAGGUAGGCCUCUCUUCGUACCAGAAAUGCACGGCAGCGAUUAGGAUGCUCGCAUAUGGCGUUGCCGGUGAUUUCGUAGAUGAGUACACGCGCAUGAGUGAGUCAACCGCCCUGGAAUCGAUGUACAGGUUCUGCAGAGCAGUGAUCGGUUCGUUCGGAGAACAAUACCUCCGGCAACCUAAUGCAGAGGACACAGCUCGUCUGUUGUCGAUCAACGCUGCCAGGGGGUUUCCUGGGAUGCUUGGCAGCAUAGACUGCAUGCACUGGGAGUGGAAGAACUGCCCCUUUGGUUGGCAGGGGGCAUACAGCGGCCAUUCUGAGGGGUGCACAGUCAUUCUUGAAGCUGUUGCUUCCCAUGACACAUGGAUUUGGCACUCAUUCUUCGGAAUGGCUGGCUCGCACAAUGACAUCAAUGUGCUGCAGCGCUCUCCGGUGUUUGAUAGGCUAGCGUACGGUCAGUCCCCUGAUGUGGAUUUUGAGAUCAAUGGCCACCACUACACCAAGGGGUACUACCUUGCUGAUGGUAUCUAUCCACCUUGGGCUACACUCGUGAAGACAAUCCGAAACCCCACCUCAGAGCAGGAGGCAAGGUUUGCCAAAGAGCAGGAGGCAGCCCGGAAAGAUGUGGAGCGGGCGUUUGGCAUCCUCCAAGCUCGUUGGGCUAUCGUCAGACACCCUGCCAGAGCCUGGGAUGUGCAAACUCUGUGGGAGGUGAUGACCGCUUGUGUAAUCAUGCAUAACAUGAUUGUUGAGGUAGAGCGGGAUGAUUCACUCUUUGAUAAUGACUGGGAAGGCCAAGGAGAGUUGGUUACUCCUCAAGGUGGUCCGGCAUCAUUCCAGGACAUUCUUCAUGCGCACCAUGAAAUUAGAGAUCUGGCUGUACACAACCAGCUUCAGGCUGAUUUGGUCGAGCACAUGUGGCAGCAUGUAGGCAGCAAUGCUGCAAACAACAAUGAUGAAGGAAAUCCACAAGCCUAG